AUGCCGGCUGAGAAAAUUACACAUUGUGGAAGUGACCGCAAAAUCGAAGAGCACAGUUUGCAAGCAGGUAUGGAACAUACAGAUGCAGUUAACAAAGACAACAGUACUACUAUGACUUUCCAUUCAAAUACUGAUGUCAAUCCUGGGAAUUAUGUUACUGAUUUUGAUAAUCGAGUUGAAUGUUCAUUUUGCUGUGGCGAAAAUGCAGAGUCCGAAUCUGGUCAGCGGUCUUGUCAACAUUGGACUCAGGUGCGUCCAUCUAACACAAGGCAAGCACAAAAAAAGAAACUCAGAGGACUUCAAAACGGCCAUCAUGAUCCUUCUCGUUAUACCAAUAGUCGAAAUACAAAAGAAAAUACAGACAUACAACGUCCCAUCAUUAACGGUAAUUCAAUUGAUGGACAAAGUAUGCGUAAUCCAAGUGAUACUAAUACUUCAAAUUCAGCGGCUUCACGCUUUAAAUAUGAUAGAUCUUUGCAUUCAAGCAACAAAAAUGCACCAACAUCUAACACAGAACAAACUAAACCUGUAGCAUCUAAUUCAUCUUCUCCAGCUCCAUCUGUUUCUUCGGAUCUCCCAAAUGGACAUGACUUUAGUGAUAGUAGGACAUUCCCUCGAUAUGCACAUAAAUCGUCACGUUCAUUUAGAUCAUCUACUCAAGCCAACGAGUCAGACGAUCUCAACAGUCAGCGUUCAAACGCUUCACCCGUUACUGUUGGUGGAGCUAACACGAGAACCCGGGCUUCAGUGAGUCGGUAUAAUGUAAAUAUGUCACCCCAGUCUGGGGCAAUCCCUAAUGCAUAUCAAAAUGGUCCUUUUGAUCAGUGGCGACGUCCUAAUAAUAAUGGCAGUUUGCGAAGAUCACAUCAACAGCAUUUCGUACCUCGUAAUACCAGUCAGUUUCACCGUUAUAAUGGACCGGCAGCUCACCCUGGUCGACCUCAUCAGAACAAUUUCUCACGGAAUCGCAUUUCAGGCUCUGGAAUGGGAGAUUCACCUCCCGUACAAGCAAACGACUCACCUAAUCCUGUUCUUAAUGAAUAUAAUUCACAACCUGAUUCAGUCCGAGAAGAUCUAAAAAAACCACAGACAUCUUGGGCAACUGUUGCAGUGGGUGUCCAAUGUGAACAGAAACUCUAUACACCUAAAGAUAAUUCACGAGACCAACUAGUUAGUUUCCUCCUGGAACAGUGGCGCCGUUUCGACCGAAAAUCGACCUAAUGCACAAAUUAACACGAAACGUAUUUUUUAAGUAUCCCCUUUUUCACCUAUGGUAUCAUCUGGUAUUGUUUUGUACUGGGUGGGAUGUUACAUUCUUUCUUCCUCUCUUUAUAUAUAUAUAUCCCACGAAUUUUUAUACGACACGCUUAAUGUCGGAGAAAUAAAGUUUAUGUAAAAAUGAACCUUUCAUAGAUUUAUUUUAAGGUUUUCGUUUAUGGCGCUUGAUUUCUUCCUGCUAUUAACUUAACUUCUUAAACCGAAAUGCAAGUUAUUUUG